GUCUUUGGAGAAGCAAUGGAUCCUGAGCUGGUGGCCAAGCUCUCCUCCCGCCUGCGGAAAGUGGAAGGAGACUCAGCUAAGAUGCCAAAGAUCGCGGCUUCAAGUGCGAAGGCACCUGGGAAGCUAGAUGCGUCUCGCUGGUCGCGGCAAAAUUCAGAGGAUACCUGCGAAAGCCUGCAUGAGUGCAGCCCUUGUGGAGUCCAAAGUCGACGACUUCCUCAACGAGUGAGAGUGCCCGACUGGGUGGUCGAGGGACAUGGCGUGAGCACUCCCCGCUUCGUGUCAAGUCCUGGGACAUGGAAAGGUGGGGCAUCCUCAUCACAGGCGACACCUGAGGCUGAUGCUCGUAGCCAACCUCUCUCACCAGAAGUGCAAUUGGAGCGCCGGCUACAGCAGGCGGAGAAGGAACGCGACCUGGCGGAAGCACAGGUGCUCAAAGCACAGGCUGCAGCUGAGCAUUGGAGCAGCCACCUUGCCUCUGAGGCGAGGCGGAUGCGAGACACCUGGGCAGAGCUGCAGAUGAACCAGGAUGACACUGCGAGUCAGGCCAAGCGUCUGCGCAAUGCAGGAGGCAUCAAAGACGACGCCUUCCACGGGAACGAGUUGGAUCAACUUCAUCAUCAGAUCCGCGAACUGAGCAUCCAACUCUUCGAGCUGGGUCAGGAGAAGUCCACCAUCUCCGUCCGAAGUGUGGCGCUACAAGCAGAGUUGGAGAGACAGGAGGAGGAUUGCCGACAGCUAGUUGCUGAUUUAGAGGCCAGUGAGCAGCUUGAGGUGCAGCUACAAAGCGAACUUUUGGCUGCCGGAACAACUGCAAGCGGAGGUGAAGUUGAAACACCGUCAAAGCUGAGCCCGCGUGACAAGAACGAGUUCGAAGUUCAGGACACAAUUCCGCAAACGCUGGCCAAUCUCAGGGAGGGUGACUGA